AUGUCAUCUUUUAUUUGGUAUACAACGGGGCCUUAAGCCCAAGGAGCCAUGUUUCAUCUUAAAUGGAGUUAAAUAAAGGUUUUGAUCUACCAAAAAAGAGAAGGUUUUGUUCAUAGUUUAAUAGCGUUUUUCUUUCAUGUUUCAUUUGAAGUUGUUUUCCAACCUGAAUUCCUUGCAAUUAGUGUUACUACAUUUGGUACCCAAAAAUAAAAUUCAUACGAGAAAGGAUCCUAAGGUCCAACUCAAGUAUAAAGAAAACCCAAGGUUGAAUCCAACGAAGUAGGCCCAAUCUUAUAAAACGUGAGCACCGAAAGGGAAAAAAGAAAACAUAUCCAAUUGGCGAUCUACAUUACCAUGUCGAAUCAGCCACACUAUCAGAAAAUAAAAAGUGAAAAAUGAAAGAUUUCUCAUUAUCAUAUAUGAAAGGCACAAGUCACUUGUGAAAAAGCAAGAAGCCAAGGUGUUUGAAGAGUGAUAAACCAAUGCAAAGAUCCGAAUAUAUAUCAUCACAAAAGGGAAUAUCACAUGCAUAUGGCAAUACAAUACACUGAUGGGUGAUGAUGAUGAUGAUGGAGAGGUUUGGAUGGACGGUUGAUGUUUGAUUCUUUUCAAUCACAAACAUAGCCAACACAUAUGCCACUAUACUUACUCAAAGCCAAAUCAAAGAAGAAAGGGUUUCUUAUCUGCUUCUGCUUCUGCUACUACUUCUUCAAUGGACAUGAUGAUGAAUAUUGACGAAUCCAACAACAACAACAACAACAACAUGAUGAAUAGUGAUAGUAAUAAGUUUCUUUCGUCUAUUAUGGCUACUGUCAUCAACAAGAACACCAACAAUUCUUCUUCUUCUUCACCUUCUACCUUCAACAUGCCUCAUCAUCAUAACUAUACCAGCCACCACCAGCAACAACAACAAACCGCCACAAACACCAACAGCAACGGCGCCGGAAGUAGUAGUGUACAAGUUAGGGAUAAGAUCAUGGCACAUCCUCUCUUCCCUCGUCUCUUAUCUUCUUACCUUAAUUGCUUGAAGGUUGGAGCACCUCCAGAAGUGGUGGGUAGGUUAGAGGAGUUAUGUGGAAAGUGUUCAUCAUCAUCAUCAUCAAGAAGAUCAGAUAGUAAUUCAUGCAUAGGUGAAGAUCCAGGGCUUGAUCAGUUCAUGGAGGCAUAUUGUGAGAUGCUCAUUAAAUAUGAGCAAGAGAUUUCUAAACCCUUCAAAGAAGCCAUGCUCUUCUUCUCAACAAUUGAUUCCCAGCUUAAGGCCCUUUCUCUUUCACCACAUUUUGGUACUAAUCAUCAAAGUGAAUCAUCAUCAUCUUUACUACAAAAUGAGGUUGAUGUGCUUGAUGAGAACAACAACAAUAAUAGGAACAUGGAUACAAGUCAAGCUGAAGAAGACAGGGAACUAAAGAUCCAGCUUCUGAAGAAGUACAGUGGAUAUCUUGGUGGACUCAAGAAGGAGUUUCUCAAGAAGAAAAAGAAUGGAAAGUUGCCAAAAGAAGCUCGUCAGCAGCUUCUUGAUUGGUGGAACAGACAUUACAAAUGGCCUUAUCCUUCGGAAUCCCAGAAACAGGCACUAGCAGAAUCAACAGGGCUAGAUUUGAAGCAGAUAAACAAUUGGUUCAUCAAUCAGAGGAAACGCCAUUGGAAGCCUUCUGAGGACAUGCAAUUUGCUGUUAUGGAUGCAACUAACCACUACAUGGAAACUAUCAUGUGCAAGCCAUUUCCCAUGGAUACCAUGCCUAUUCUAUUUUAAGUUUUUAACUAUGCAAAUGCAUAUGCUAUAUAUAUAAUAUAUAGUAUUUAUAGCUUGUAUGAACUUUUAACUGUU